GACGGUUAGGUGUUUGUAGGUUAUCAAAUUUGUUGAAAUUUUUUGAACCCUUUUAUUAAACCUCAUUUUAAUUAUGUCCAAAAGACGGGGAAACAAAAAAAAUAAAAAUCUGGAUGAUGAUUUCGAUGAUGAAGUUACAAGUAACGUAAGUGAAAAAGUCAACAUAUUGUCUGACACUUCUAAGGCCAAACUUACCAAAAAGAGCAAGAAGGGCAAGAAAGAUGAUUGGAGUGAUGAAGAAAUUAAUGGAAAAGGAAAUGAAGCAGAUAAUACUGAUUUAAAAAGCGAGUCAAAGGCACAACCAGCUGGAAAGAAAAAGCAAUCCAAGAAAGGCAAAACUAAUAAAAAGGAUGAUGACUGGUCAGACAAAGAUGUUGAAUUGAAUCUAUCUGAUGGUGACUCUGAACCAUUACCAGUAGCCUCUAGAAAAUCCACCAAGAAGAUCAAGAACAGGACAAAGCAGGAAAGUGAUGAUGAAUCCCAGGAAGACAUUCCAGCACCUGCAAAAAAAAGUGGCAAAAAGAAGGUCAAGAAAUUCGAGGCUGGAGAUGAUGAAGAUAUUGAUGCACAGGACUAUAUUCCAGAACUAGUGAAAAAAUCAAUGAAAAAGAAGAACAAGAAACAGAAAAGUGAUGAUGAUUCUGAUGAAGAAGAUAUUCCACAACCUGUGAAAAAAGAAGCAAAAAGCAGCACUCAGAAACAUGACAGUGAAGAUGAAAUGGAAGAAGAUGUACCCAAACCUGUUAAAAAAUCUGGAAAGAAAAAGAAGAAAGCAGAUAGUGAUGAAGAUUAUGAAGAAGAUACACCAGUACUUACAGAGGAAGAUGUUUCUGAAGAAGAACCUCCAAAACCAGUUGUGAAACCUGUGAAAAUAAAAGAAAAUAAAGUUAAGAAAAAAAUUCAUGAAGAAGCUGCUACUGAAGAAAAAGAAACUAUUGAAGAAUCUGAACUGAUUGAAGAAGUCACAAACAAAUUAGCAUCAACUGAAAUCAGUGAAGAAAAACCUAAUGAUGAAUCAAAAGAAAAGAAAAUUACUCAUAGGGAAAAGAAAAAACUGAAGAAACAACAGGAGUAUGAGAAGCAAAUGGAAACAUUAUUGAAAAAGGGUGGGCAGGGACAUUCAGAAUUGGACAGCAAUUUCACAGUUUCCCAGGCUCAAAAGACAGCAGGACAGAUGGCAGCACUGGAAAAUGCUGUUGAUAUCAAAAUCGAAAAUUUCAGUAUCUCUGCAAAAGGAAAUGAAUUGUUUGUCAAUGCCAAUUUGCUCAUUGCCCAGGGAAGACACUAUGGUUUGGUUGGACCAAAUGGACACGGCAAGACCACCCUGCUGCGCCACAUAGCGCAACGCGCCUUCGCCAUCCCCCCCGGCAUCGACAUCCUCUACUGCGAGCAGGAGGUGGUGGCCGACGACAACUCGGCCGUCGACACCGUGCUGGCGGCCGACGUCAAGCGCAGCGCCCUCUUGAAGGAGUGCCGCGAGUUGGAGGAGAGCGAGACGCAAGACGCGCAGACGCAGGAGCGCUUGAACGACGUGUACGCGGAGCUGAAGGCGAUCGGAGCGGAUUCGGCGGAGCCGAGGGCCAGGAGGAUAUUGGCGGGGUUGGGGUUCGAUAAGGAGAUGCAGGAUCGUGCAACGAAAAAUUUUUCUGGUGGUUGGAGAAUGAGGGUAUCCCUUGCAAGGGCCCUUUACAUUGAACCAACAUUGUUGUUGCUUGAUGAACCUACAAAUCAUUUGGAUUUGAAUGCUGUAAUUUGGUUAGAUAAUUACCUCCAAGGAUGGAAGAAGACCUUGUUGAUAGUAUCUCACGACCAGUCUUUCUUAGACAAUGUUUGCAACGAAAUAAUCCAUCUAGACAAUAAAAAAUUAUACUAUUACAAGGGAAAUUAUUCCAUGUUUAAAAAAAUGCAUGUGCAGAAGAAAAAAGAGCAAAUAAAGGAGUAUGAAAAGCAGGAGAAACGAAUCAAAGAACUAAAGUCUUCUGGAUCUUCCAAAAAGCAAGCAGAAAAGAAACAAAAAGAAGCUCUUACUAGGAAACAAGAAAAAAAUAGAUCAAAAGUGCAAAAACAAGAAGAUGAUACUGCACCUACUGAAUUGUUGCAAAGGCCUAAAGAUUAUUUGGUCAAAUUCAGAUUCCCGGAUCCCCCGCCUUUACAACCUCCAGUAUUAGGAUUGCACAAUACGACUUUUGGCUAUCCAGGUCAGAAGCCACUUUUUAGGGAUACCGAUUUUGGUAUAGAUAUGAAUAGCAGGGUAGCCAUAGUGGGCCCUAAUGGGGUAGGAAAAUCAACAUUCUUGAAAUUACUGACAGGCGAUCUUACGCCGGUCAAUGGAGAAAAUAGAAUGAAUCAUAGAUUGCGAAUCGGCCGAUUCGACCAGCACUCCGGCGAGCACCUCACCGCCGAAGAGACCCCCGCGGAAUACCUGAUGCGGCUGUUCGAUCUGCCGUACGAGAAGGCCAGGAAGCAGCUGGGCACCUUCGGUCUGGCCAGUCACGCGCACACCAUCCGCAUGAAGGACCUGUCGGGCGGGCAGAAGGCUCGGGUGGCCUUGGCCGAGUUGUGCUUGAACGCUCCCGACGUGCUCAUUCUGGAUGAACCUACAAACAACUUGGACAUUGAAUCCAUAGAUGCCUUAUCAGAAGCUAUUAAUGAAUACUCUGGUGGUGUUAUUAUCGUUUCUCACGACGAAAGAAUGAUCAGGGAAACUGGAUGCUCACUUUAUGUCAUAGAGGACCAAACUAUCAAUGAGGUCGAAGGCGAUUUUGACGACUACAGAAAAGAACUUCUAGAGAGCCUAGGAGAAGUCAUCAACAGUCCCAGUAUAGCAGCUAAUGCGGCAGUAGCUUGAAGGUUUUCAAUAUUUUCGUCGGAUCAACAUGGCCUUACUGACGGUUUUUAAGAUGUAUACAAUUUCGUGAACUUUUUAUAGUUUUUUUUUUUUUAAUUAAUUAAGGAGUCAUUAUCUACAUCUAUUUAUUGUUUUUUUUUCUAUAAUUUGUUUCUGUUGUUCACAGAAUUAUAUACAUCGAACAAUUGUCAUCAAUAUUUCUCUAAAGUGAUAUUCUUUCAUGUUGAAUUAACGGACAUAUUUCACUUGAAUUGAACCGAAUCAGUUAACAUUCAAUCUAUAUGUAUGUAUAAUCAAAGUAUUUUGAAAGAAUGAAUAUUAACUGAUUCAGUUCUAGUGAUAUAUUUCAGUUAGUUCAAAUUGAAAGAAUAUCACUAGUUUUAGCUCAAAAUCUUACUCUCCUUUAAUAAUUAUAUGAAUUGAUAUUUUUGCCAAAUCCCAUUAUUAAAUUGGAGAUA